GACCCAAUCAGCGCGCUGUCAGUGUCCUCGCGGUUUUCAUUCAAAUCUACAGACAGAGACGGAUGCAGACGUUCACGAGAGACUACAACGGAAGACGAAUCCUCUGGUUAGCAGCUAGCUCUGGGGAACAGCCUCGUUUCUUUUAAGUCAGUGCCUGCUGGGUAAUUACAGUUGCCUACCUCACACAGACCUGUGAGAUAAGCAGCAUAAGGUACCUUUUCUAGUCAGUCACCGAUAGUGCAGUCCACUGCCACCAGCUGACAAUGGCAGAGGGAGAGGUGGAGUGGGAGUUAUGCAAAGAGAACAUCCAGCCUCUGAGAUGUGGCCGAGACAUCUCCGCCCUGCAUCAAGCACUCAGUCAGCAGCAAGAGGGCACCACUAGUGCCAUCAACCAACAAAAACAAGCCUUCGAGUUAGAGCUUCGGAUGUAUGAUGGAGAUGACCCUCUUGAUGUCUGGGAUAGGUACAUAAAAUGGAUAGAACAGACUUACCCGCAGGGUGGUAAGGAGAGCGGUUUGAAUCUUCUUCUGGAACGAGCAGUCAUGAAGUUUACCGAAGAAAAAAAGUACCACAACGAUUCCCGUUAUGUCAACCUUUGGAUCAAAUUCACAGAAAGCUGUCCUGAUCCGUUAGAUGUCUACCGGUACAUGCAAGCUCAGGGAAUAGGGACGUUGCAGGCGUCUUUUUACAUCGCCUGGUCUGAAGAGUACGAGAAAAGGGGAAACUCACGGAUGGCCGACAGCAUAUUCCAAGAAGGUUUCAAGUGCGGGGCUGAAUCUCUAGACAGAUUACAGCAAUUUCACAAGGCUUUACAGGCACGUGUGUGUAGGCAGAUGAUGACAUCAGUGAUUGAUCAGGAAACAGAUGAUGAGCCUGACGAGCCUCAGAGGGCUUCACUCAACGAGCUGAAAGCCAAGGGAAAGAAAAAAGCUGUUGCUCCUAUCAAUAGGGCGACUGGAACCGUUGGCUAUGCCAGGGGUCUGCAGUUUAAACAACCAGUUGGGCCAAGUCAGAACAGUCGACUCAUGAUAUUUGAUGAGAAUAAGGAGCACCCUGAGCCUCAGGAACACAAAUUAGAAAGUUGGGCAGCCCGUCCAACUGCUAAGGCCAAGGAGAAUGAACAGAAACCUGACAAAUGGACCAAUGUUAAGUUGCCACAGAAGUCCAGGUUUGGACAUAGUGUCGUCGCUCCACCACCAAAGCCAAAUUUCCAGCCCUUUGUGGAAGAGAGUGAUCAGCCUCCUGUCGUAACUCCAUGUAAGAUCAACCCAGCAGUGAACAAUGUACUUUCAGCACGGAGGCCACGUCGUGAGGAGCAAACGCCACUGAAGAGGCUACAAGAGAUGCAGCUCCAGCAGGAAGAUGAGGACAAAAGUGGAGAGAAGAGCAUGUAUUGCAAGGAGCUGCUUCUCAGUGGGGUCACUGAGUUUUCCUUUGAAGAGCUGCGUGCUGAGCGAUACCGCCAGAAACGCAGCCAGAGACUGGAAGCUGCCAGUAUUGACGCAAACAACCAAGAAGAACCACAUACUAGUCAAAAGGACUGACGAGAGCAAAUCGUCACGUCCAUGAGCUAGAGUCAGUGUUUGUUUUCAUGUUGUUGUACCUAAAGAAGUAGAAUCUGAGAAGUCUUGCAAAAUGUGAUAUUUGUGCUGUGAUUGAACGUGUCCAAUAAUUGAGUACCUGAAACCUUCUCCUUCAAAUAUACUGCGUAUACUGAUACUUGACUGACUGUGUUCCAGGUUUCUAUUUCUAUAGUUGUUCUUAUCCAUGUGAUUUUGUACAUAUUUCUUUUUAUAUAUAAAACUACUCUCAGUAUCUUGUGUUGUUUUUUUUAUAUGUUGUAUCAGCAAUUAUGUUCAAGUAUUGUCUCCAAUGUAAACUUUUUCAGUGGGGGAAAUAAAUAUUGAACACGUCAAGUCAAGAUAUUUCCAAUGAGGCAAUUUACAUGAAAUUUGCACCAGACAUCAGUAUUAACUCAAGAAAUCCGGAAAUAUAAAGAAUUACAAGUCCAUAAAUGAAGUUAUGAUAAAGUGGAAUGACACAGGGAAAAAAGUAUUAAAUUAUGAAUGGAGCCCUUUACCAGAAGAUUCUUGAAAGGAAUCUGCUGCCAUCCAGCAGGAUGAUCAAGAUGAGAUGUGGGUGGACCUUCCAGCAGGACAACGAUCCAAACCAUAUUGCAAAGGAAACUCUGAUGGCUGAUUAAUUUCUUCAUACAGGAAGCGUCUUGAAGCUGUCAUUACAAAUAAAGGCUUCUCCACCAAGUAUUAAAUACAUUUCAAUUAGCGUUUUCAAUACUUUUUUCCUGUGUCAUUCCUCUUUAUUACACAACUUCAUUUAUGGACUUUAUUGUUGUGAAUUCUUCAUAUUUCUGGAUUUCUUGAGUUAAUACUGAUAUCUGGUGAUAAUUUGAUGUGAAUAGCCUCAUUGGAAAUAUAAUUACUGAAAAAAAUGUUAACACGUUCAAUACUUAUUUCCCCCACUGUAUGUAAAUGGCUUUAGCAGCUUUUGGGCAUAAUGACACUGAUACUGUAUGACACACACCUUGGUAACUCAUUGCAACAACCACAUAGGUUAAUAAACACAAGCAGUUCUUUUUCAA